AUGCCCAUCAUGGGCGCCUUUGUUCAGCUGCCACUGGCGGGCUGGCCAGCGGUGGCACAAGGUGUGGAAAUCCGCCUAAUUCAGCAGGAGAACAACGCCAAGUACCAGGCUAUGCUUCAGCUGAUCGGUUUUAUGUGCGGCUCCGUCACCAGCGCGCUCUAUCCUCACCUCUUCUACGCCGAGGCGACCACCUACAGCUACAAAGUCAUCCCGUAUGCGCUUUCGGCCAUCUUCAUUCUUUGCACCAUCCCGAUCUACAUGUACUACUGUGGCCCCCAGCAGCUCGCGAUGUGUGCGCAGAUUGACAAGGAG